AUGAGUUCAGCAACAGCUGGGAACCGAGAGGAUGGCGUCCCUCCAGACUGUGGAAGUGAAGACGUGUAUGACAGGUAAGCAAUAGCUAGUUCGCUUUGAACUGCAGUUAGCUAUCUGUUUACGCAUGCAUUGCAGGGUCACAUUAUUUUAUGACGUUGUACAGGACAGGUAGCUGUACAUACUGUACAUGGGAUAUUUAAAUGUAUUUAGUUAGUUGUAACUAACAUCACAAUAACUACAGAUUCAUUUAACUUGUUGCUUGUUAUAUUGAAUCAAGUUGUCAGUGACUUAACAGACAAGUGAGCUCAGCUUACCAUCAAUGCCUCCUUUGGCUUUGUUUACAUGUGUCAAAGGAUUUGGAAAUUAGCCAAGGCAACAACGAAAUAAAGAGCUGUGAGGUGGGGAAGUACUCUGCUUAGUACCCCUCCACCCACCACCUAUGCACUACUACAGGAGAAGACGGACCUGAAGCUGCCUCCUGCCAACUGGCUACGGGAGAGCCCCCAAAUUGGGCCUGCAGGCUUCACUGUACUAGGGUCCAGCAGCAAGAGCAAGCCUUUCUCCAGGUGAAGUGCCGGUUAUUCAGCCCUCAAAACGAGAUGUGGUAUCUGGUGGUAUGUAUCAUCACUGAAUUGUUGCAAGGUGCUCAUGUACAUGUACCUUCUCCUUGCUGCAGUUUUGGGAUGGCCUAUGACUUCAUUGAUUCCAUUGGGGAUGAUGUUGAUGUGGUGUCGGACUCUGAGGUAGGUCUAUCCACUGAACAGCUAAGAUUGUUGUGUUAUUUCUACUGCUAUUAUGUAUUUGACUUGUUUGGUAAUCAAAACUGUUUGGUGAACCUAAGGGUCUCAUUCUCUUUUCUACUCAGAACAUCAAGAAGCUGUUGAAGAUCCCCUACACUAAGUCCCAUGUCAGUAUGGCAGUCCACUGCGUGGGAAGGACUCUCCUCCUGGAUGAACUGGACAUUCAGGAGCUCUUCAUGAGGUCAUCUCGGGUACAGUUAGACAGCCAUUGGAGAAGAAGCCUGUUUUGAUGUCAAUGAAGGAUGUGAGAGAGCCUCAUGUCUGGAUGAUUGACAAUGCAUGUAGAAAUACAUUUGCUUGUGUUUUUCUUUGAUUGUAGCCAGGAUAGUAGUAUGAUCUGUAUGUAUGGUAUGUUCUGUUUUUACACUAUGUCACAGACAGGAGAUUGGACAUGGCUAAAGGAGUUUUACCAGAGGGUAAUAGAUCAGAAGUGGCAGAGGAAAAAGAAGAGUAAAGAACACUGGUACCAAAAAGCAAUCCUAUCCAAGUUCCUCUACUACAGGUGAGAUAUUUGAGGUUGGACUUCUAGCCUACUUGUCAAUGUGAAAUACUUGCAAUAGAAACAAGAACCUUAUUUGGGCCAAAGUAAAUCCUAAUGGUUGUACUGCUCAAUGUCUUCGCCAGUAUAAAUUGUGAUGAAGCCAUAGAGCCUGUCCCUGAAUCAGACAACCCUGAUGAGGGAGAUGAGGAGUGUGGGGCGGAGGAGUUUGGUCCCUCCUGGCCCACUACCUUCAUCAGCACUGCUUCAGACUCAGAGGAGGCCGCAGCACACAGAGGUAGGCCACACUUUAUGGAAAUGGUAAGCAAUGUGCAGUACCUGGUGCAGUACCUGGUGCAGUACCUGGUGUGUUGCUGUGCUCUUGUUAAGUUUAACAGUUUCUUCCUUUGUGUCUUCCUUUGUGACUGUAUGUCCAUUCUUUACAGGAAAGUGUUCCCAUGGACAGCAAGUAUGCAUUGGGACAAGUGGCUUCCAAAGAGCAGAACCUUACCACACUGUUCAACAAAGGGGAGAACAGUCAGGUAGGCUAGUGCUAAGAAACUUCAUCAACAAACUCAGGAUGAUUGAAGACUGUGUAUUUUCUCUCUUUUGUUUGGUUGGCAUUUGUUUCUUUGAUUGUAAAUUAGUUAAAUCUAUUCAAUUCAAGUAUCAUUUCAACUUUUUUCCUCCAACUUGAUUGACAGGGUUUGAGGAAUGACUUUGUGAGGAACAUCUUGUGGACGUUUGAGGACAUCCACAUGCUGGUGGGGUCCAACAUGCUUAUCUUUGGAGGAGGAUGCUACCCAGCCGUCAGCCUGCGGCUCCGGUCAGAAUCACGAAAAACGGGAAACAAUGGCCUCAGAAGCAUUAUUCAUGGCAGUCAGUAUAAACAGUUUCAGAUGGUUUACUACUGUUCCACAGCAAUGUUCCCCUGCAAAAUACCUAGAAGGUUCUUUAUUUUUUAGGGAUAACAACAAGCCAAUCAACAUUCUCACAGGUAUUGACUACUGGCUGGGCAAUCUGAUGUGCAAUGUUCCAGAGCUCGUCAUGUGCUUUCAUGUCAAUGGCAUCGUCCAGGUAAAUAAGCCUUGUCUUUACUGCCCAAAUGAGUCAUUUUAUUCACAAUUGAACACUGUUCUAAUGUUAGUGCUGAUUGUUCUUUGGUCAGAAAUAUGAGAUGAUCAAAACAGAGGACAUCCCUGAUCUUGAGAACUCCACCUUCUCAACCAGGGUUGUGAAAGACAUCGCUCAGAACAUUCUGUCCUUUCACAAGUCUAACUGCACCAAAGAGGGCCACUACUGGCUCUUGAAAGGUGGGAGAUAACACAACACACUAACUUUACCUCUAGUAGGACUUACAAAAUACAUGUGAGAAUAACCUAGUAAAUAAGCACUACUAUGUGGUAGUAGGCCUACUUAAUCGAAUUGUCCUGUUUCUGUGUUUCCUCAGCUAGUGGAAGUGACAUCGUAAAGCUGUAUGACCUCACCACUCUCUGUGAGGAAGCAGCAGAGGAGAAAUGCCAGAACCCCUUCACCCUGCCUGUGGCUGUGCUCCUUUACAAGUAGGUACCUGCAACCUGGUACAGUAUCAACACAAUAUACCUGAAACUAGUACACAACACAUAGUGUUGUCAGUCAAUGCAUUAAUGGCAAAUUAGUCCCAACAGGUGGCACCAGACUAUACAUUCUGUUUUGUAGAAUGUGCAUUGUUGUUCUUGCAGAGUGGCUAGCAACAUGAUGCUGAAGAAGAGCCAGAACAGGAAGCACUAUGUGACAAUCAGAACAUUGCUCCUCAACUGUGUCAAGCUCCUGGACCAGGACAGGCACCCACAGGUAAUGGACUGGACUCUUACUUACUCCACAAGACCAAAGUUCCGUGCAGACCUCUCAUUGAUAUCCAAAGAGACAUUUGCAAAAAAGUUUAUUUACACAUUAAUUGAAAAACCCGGCUAGCCUGUUACUUCUCUGUGGUCGGCUGUUCCCUCUCUGACCGUCCUCUCCCCUCUCUGAUUGGCUCAGAUCAUAGCGUCAGCCCACUACAUGCAGGCAGAGCUGUUCCAGUUGGACGAGUCUCCAGAGGAGGGAGCUGGAGGGGAGUCGCUGCGGGCCGGGGGCUCAGAGGACAGCUACAGUGAUGAGGAGGAUCAAGAAGAUCUACCAGAGGACAGUGAUGAGAAUGGCUCCUGCAGUACCACCUCGGACCCACAGGAUGAUAGCAAAGCUGUAGCUAUUAUCAAAUCAGUGUGGGAGCUGUCUGUUCCAGAGAAGUACAAGUCCACUCACCAGAUCAGGGUGAGUGUCACACAUUUGUCGCUAGCUACUCUGUUUGGGUGACCGUGUUGAUAUACUGUAUCUUGACCUAGCCACAGUAACCAGAAACUAGCCACUACCUGGAGUGAGUACUGGUGUCUUAGAUGUUUUAUCUUGACAAUGAAUUAAUCCUGUUCUUUUCCCAUAUUGCAGCCAAUCUAUGCAUUUCCCAUCUCUCAAAACAAGGAGUAAAGAUGUCGGCACGUCCUCAGCUACGUCUUAAAGGUGAGUCUCUACUGUAGUGUAGUGAUAGCUAUGGGAAUGGUUGUCACUAAAUGCUGUGUUCCGUGAGCUCUAAUUGUUGGAUGUGAUUGGCAGGUCCUGAAAGCAGUGGACUGCAGCAUGAAGAAGGAGAAUGACAUCCCAGCUGCUGACCCCAACACCCCCAUCCCCCUGAAGUACGAGGAUGGCAGUAAGGCCGUGGAGAAAGGGAUUGCACUUCUCCUGGUUGGCCAUCACGGACCCCAUCAAGAUUCUGAAGCAUAGAUAUAUGACAUUAUUGAUUAUGAAUGUUGUUAUACCAUAAUGAGCAGGUUCCUUGUUAUAUGUGAAUUUGCCCCUAAUAGAUACCUCAAUUUCUCUUCCUCUUUAUACUAUUUUCCUAUCUAUCUUUAUUAUCCCCUCUCUCUCUCUCGCUCCGUCUUUCUCUCCCCCUCCAUCUCGCUCUCUCCCGCCCUCCCCCUCCGUCUCUCUCCGUUCCCCUCAAUCUCUCUCUAUUUCUCUUGGGUACAGCUGGUCCCUUCCAGGAAGACCUGAAGCAUCCGACCCGGUCAGAGAUGAUCCCAGGGUCCUGGCAGCACCGUAUGAAGCUGCAGCUCUUCUUCAAGGCGUCCAAGGCUCAGACACUGCCACUAACCUGCUCAAGUACGGCCGGGCCCUGCGGUACAUCAAACUGGCCCUGCAGUACCACGGUCAGUGUCUCCUCUCCGGCUCAGCUAAGCAUUCUGUAGUCAACCUUGAUCAGAGUGGCUGUCUGAGAUCGGACUGAUGGAUAAUGUAGGUGACAUGUUGUAAUAGGGUUAAACUUUUGUUACCUCAAAUUAGUGUUUCUGUCUACCUCCCUUCCUUCAUCCCCCUCUCUCUCUCUCCCUCUGCAGAUGCCUGCUGUUCGGUGAGGAGUAUCCUGCACCUGCGGGUGCUACUGUUCCACAGCCAGUGUCUGUCUCUGUUAUGGGGACAUCCAGCUGAUGCUGGCCCAGAUUGCAAGUAACCGUGCUGCCUACCUGGAAGAGUACAGCUACCAGACUAAGGAGGACCAGGAGUUGCUGCACAGCCUGCACAGAGAGCGCAGCUGCCAGAGUAAGGAGACACUCACACACUUUUCAACAAUAAACAUAUAAUACGUCCCUCCUAAUGUAUUUACAAUUGACCCAAAAUGUUUAAAUAUACUUUAGAAUUGAAAGGUCUUGCCAUUUAAUGUAGUGCUUUUCAAAAGCAAGAACCUGUCAUAACAAACGCUAACAUUAUAAUACUUACUAUGGAAAAACUUUACCAAUCCUAUAUAUAAAUGCAGUGCAUUAUUGUUGUUACAAAUUAGAAGAGUCUGGCCUGUGUGACUGUCCCCCAGCCUUUAACAUGGCCAGUGACCUGGCCACGGACCCAGAGUACGAGCUGUUUGUGAGCAGUAAGUGUUACGAGGCAGCCUACGAGCUGCUGACCUCCUUUGAGGCCAUUGAAGACAGCACAACACCUCCCUGCUGCUGUGCAACACAGGCAGACUGAUGAGGAUCUGUGCCCAGGCCUACUGUGCUGUGUCUGCAGAUCUGAGCAGAGGAGAGUUCUCCCAAGAGGAGGCUCUCUAUUACAAUAAGGUACCACUACCACACCCUGGCAACUCUGCCGCAGACUAUGCCCCUCUGUCCAGGAAGGCCCAGGAACAGGUAAGAGGCCAUGGGCCACACUUUAAUAGAUUCAUAGUAGGUGAAUGAACAGAAUGGAAAAUGUCUAGUAAAUUAACUAACCUUAACUCUACAUGCUGCCCUAGGUGAAAUGGUUGAAGUCUCUGAAGUACUGUGACCUGCAGACCGAGUCGGCCCGCCAGCCCCUCUACCAGGACAGAGCUGCUACCAUCCACCACCGCCUGGCCUCCAUGUACCACAGCUGCUUCUGCAACCAGGUAAGGACUAGGCCUAGGAUGUACACUGUAACCAGAGUCAAAUAUUUUAAAACAUUUAAAGGUUGUGUUGUAUCUGUAGAGGAGCAUUAAGGUGUUCAGUAUGUUUUUUCUAUGUUUCCUCCUCUGUGCCAGGUAGGGGAUGAGCACCUGAGGAAGCAGCACAGGAGCCUGGCAGAGCUGCACUACAGCAAGGCUGUCCGCCUGUUCCUCAGCCUGAAGGACACGCCUUACGAGCUGCUCCUCACCCUGCUGGAGAGGGUGGCCUUCACUGAGUUCACCAUGGCAGGUUAGUCAGUGAGGCUCACCCAGGCCAGGGCCAUGCUCACUCCAGCCAGGUCAGAACCGUCAUAGUAUUCUGAAAGGUGGUGUCAUUGAGUAACAAUGUGUGCUCACAGGUCAGAGCAGCAGUGGGGCCAAGCUGAAGACCCUGACAGGAGCUCUGGAUAUCCUGACAGAGACUCACCAUGCCUUCCUGCUCAUCCACAAAGAGCUGAUAGAGGAGCACACAGAGGUAUACACAAACAGAGAUAGAACUGGAACUUGGAUAGCAGCAAAUCCCUUCAGUUUGCACCUUCUGUUUGAGAAUCUGCGGUUACAUCUAACCCCCAAUUACUCACAUGCCUCAUCCCACUGUUACAUUUCCAGAUGAAAGUAUUUUUAAAAACGUAUUUUUUUGUUGACGGAUGGCCCAGAGUUGACAGGACCCCUGACAGAGGUGCAGAUUGCCCCACCUCAGGGCUGAACACGAAGUGAUGAAGUUGAUUGGGGUCUUUGAGCCCAGUUUCUCCUUCCUACUGCUGCAGCUGGUCAAGAUGAUGACGACCAUGAAGCGCAAACCAAGGUGAGGAAAGGACUGGUUAUACCCAGCCUGAUUAAAACCUUAUCAAGCAGGACUAAACAUAUGAUCCAGUAGAAGCAUAAAACUGAACGUUCCGUAAUCUUUUCAGCGUAUUACUGGGCAUCAUGUAGGCCUUCUAAAACCACUACUGGUACACUUGUUGCCCUCAACAUAUUGAGUUAGACUGUACUACGUCCGGCAGAUAAAUUGAUUAUCUAAAGAACCCUAAGCAUUUAAUCCCAGUGUGUUGGUCCUGCCCUGCCACAUCUCUCCCAGUGACAGAUAUCCCUCCACACAAAGCUGUGUCUGUAGUCUUCUCUUUAACAAGUGUCAAUCAUUGUUAUUCGUCUUUAGCAAAAGGCUUUGUCUCUGUAAGACUGUGGCAAGAGGGGUAAGGGAAGCGGUUCCCAAACUAGGGGUCGCGACUCCCUGAUAUGAAAAUGGGGUUGCGGGAAAAUAUACAAAAAAAAUAUGUAUAUCGUCUUUGUAUCUCAAAAUCAUUGUAAUGUGGUUAACCUUAAAAAUCUGAAUGAAAAUGAUUCACAUCUAAAAGUAAAAAUUCAACCAGAGGCCGCACUUGACCGUUUCACUUGAAUCAUUCUGAUGGUGAAUGGCUAGGCCCGCUACGCUAUGAAACCACACACUAUUGCAGAGACUUUAAUAUUACCGGCCGCAAUUGAUACAGUGAAAACAAUAUGUGGGGAGGCAGAGGCACAGAAACUCACAUCAAUACCUUUGUCAGAUAACACUGUUAAACGAAUAAUUUGUGCUAUUGCUAGCAAUCAAGAGGAAACUCCCCAGCUUAUGCUCUCCAAAUGGAUGUUAGCUGUGAGGGUCGAGAUGCCCAUGCAUUGACUUUUGUUCGCUAUACGUGUCGGGGGAUGCUAUUCACGAGGACAUAUUGUUUUGGGAAGGCUUUCCACUAGAUCAGGGUUGCCCAACCCUGUUCCUGGAGAGCUACCCUCCUGUAGGUUUUUUUGCUCCAACCCCAGGUGUUACUUACCUGAUUCAUCUUAUCAACCUGCUAAUUAUUAGAAUCAGGUGUGCUAGAUUAGGGUUGGCGCAAAAACCUACAGGACGGUAGCUCUCCAGGAACAGGGUUGGGCAGUCCUGCACUAGAUGUUGGGAUAUUGCUUCGGGGACUUGCUUCCAUUAAGCCACAAGAGCAAGUAAAAGUUUGUGAUGGUAAGUUGAGAAGACAAGCAGAAAUACUGUUAGAAUGUUUUUCAAUUGACUGCCAUAGCCCAAAUAAAAAAGUAAACAUUGGCUGUUAAUUACAUACUUUUUUUUCACAUAUCAAAAUGAGGUCGUGGGCUAAAAAGGUUUGGAAACCCCUGAGUUAGGGUAUAAUUAUCUCGGCAUCCCUACACCAUUAUCGAGGAGAUAAGGGAUAGUGCUAGAGUUUGGCUAUUAAGUCCUUUUUCUACUCAUGGAUACCAUUUGUAUGUCACUGCAUGCAGUUUGAAGGAAGUUGAAGGUAGUUUUGUGAGCCAUUGCUAACUAGCUUUAGAGAGCAAUGACUGGAAAUCUACAGGUACAGCUAGCAUUCUUCAGGUCGUUGCGUUAACGUUGGUUAGCAAUUGCGCUAACGCUAGUUAGCAACUUUCUUCAAACUGCACACAGACAUAAAAAUGGUAUCCAUGAGUUCACCUGACUAAGUAGAAAAUGGCUUAAUUGACAAAAUCUCGCACUAUCCCUUUAAGCAUAGCUUUCAUUAAAAACAAUACCUAUUCAGAAUUUGAUGGUAUGUUUACAAUAGCAAUAAGGAUGAGGAGCUUCUGAAGACCUAUAAGAAUGUUUACUCCAAGUUCCUUCGUGCUGAAAAGACCGCUCCACUCCUCAGACGUGUUUAG